UGUUUAUCAAAACAAACAUUACUUCGUAGGUUUCGUACAAGUUUUAUCUAAACUUUCUGAAAAUGCUUGUUGUACAAACAAAGUAGAGCUAAUCAACCAACAACAACUAGCACGUAGUAUGUUUGUAAGUAAGUGAAAUAGUGAUUUAGCUGCCGGGAUUGUAUCACGAUCUGUCAGCAAUUUUAAGAAGAAGAAUUAUCGACCCGUUCGGAGGAGAAAAAAAAACUAAAUUAUCUCCAUUGCGGACUACUGCAGACUGCAGGGAAGGAUUCGCUCGGUAUGCGAACGGAGUGCGCAGCGUGUGCGGCAGUUAUCGAUCGGAGAAACUCCAAUAGCGUGAUUUUAAACUGGUACAGCACCUAGUAUCGGACGCAAACCCUUGGUGUGUGGAGGUCGAUCGUGAAAAAGCGUGUGCGCGUGCUAUUAUAGAUCCGUGUUGUGUGAUAUCCUUGAGAUCAACAAUGUCGUCGUUCAAUAUGAAUGAAUUCAACGAAAUUCUGGACAAGUGCCGUGAUAAAUCAUCUCAAAAAGAACAGGAUGAGACAUUGCUGCAACCGUUCUCGUACAUCCAGCAAAUACCUGGCAAGCAGGUUCGCUCAAAACUAGCGCUAGCGAUAAACCAUUGGCUAUCCAUUCCCAACGACAAACUGGCAGCAAUAAGUGAGAUAGUCCAAAUGCUGCACAAUUCUAGUCUGCUCAUCGACGAUAUCGAAGACAAUUCUAUCCUCCGCAGAGGUAUCCCGGUGGCACACAAAAUCUACGGCGUAGCGAGCACCAUCAACGCGGCCAAUUAUGUCCUAUUUUUGGCCCUGGAAAAGGUGCAGCAGCUCGGACAUCCGGACGCAACGCUAGUCUACACGGAGCAGCUGCUGGAGCUGCACCGGGGCCAGGGUAUGGAAAUUUAUUGGCGCGACAAUUUUGCCUGUCCCACCGAAUCCGAGUAUAAGCAGAUGACGAUUCGUAAGACGGGCGGGCUGUUCAUGCUUGCCAUCCGGCUGAUGCAGCUGUUCAGUGACAAUCGGAAAGAUUUCAACAAACUAACGGCAAUACUGGGUCUGUACUUUCAAAUACGGGACGAUUACUGCAAUCUUAGCAUGAAGGAAUACUCCGAAAACAAGAGCUACUGUGAGGAUCUAACGGAGGGAAAAUUCAGCUUCCCGAUUAUUCACGCGGUUCAGACGCAAAAGUACGAUAAGCAAGUUUUACAUAUUUUACGCCAACGAACGCGCGAUGUAGAGGUCAAGAGGUAUUGCAUUUCGUUGCUGGAAAAGUUAGGUAGCUUUCAGUACACUCGUGACGUACUUGACGCACUCGACAAAGAGGCUCGCAAGGAGGUAAAAAGUCUUGGACCAAAUCCAAUUAUGGAGGCACUACUAAACGAUUUGCUUAGUUGGAAACAACUCUCCGACGAUGAGACGAAACAACUGUAAAACCGUGCUGCAGAGAAAUAGAUUCCCCAGAUUCAUAUCACUGAUAUCCGGUUUUUUUCUCGGGAAAGGGAUAAAUCGUCUCGAUUAAAGCAAAAAAAAAACGGCAGUCAGAUUCGAUAUUAGGGUACACAACGCUUACGGGUUGCGGAUUUGUGUGAGCGACAAUAACUAGUAGUUCAGGCUAUUGUUAUUAUGAUUUCGAUGUGGUGCUUAGUCGUUUGCAUAUGGAGCAAAUGUGGUGAAACAGAACGACGAAAGUGUGCUUUAUCGCUGCUGCACGGUUAGAAGCUCAGUGAUUGAGCUCAGCUCUCGUCUCGCGUUUUUGUUAGCGCAAUUGUUGCUGUCUGGUUGUGUAGCUUAUUCGUCAUUCAAGAAAUUGCUACAAAACUAUACUAAGUAGUUUAGUGCGAGCCAUGCCUUAGCUGUAGGAAAAAAAUCGCUAUAAAUCGAACCACAAUUUGAUGUAGAACGAAUGCUAUUGCUGUUCACGCAUUAGAAAGUGUAUUGCCAAUCAAUGUUUCUUUCCUCGCAAUACAAAUGAUCUAUGUUUCUUUCUAGAUUUGCUGUACAUAUAACUUUAUUUCGUUUCAUAAUGAUGGUCAGCUAUCGCAGCAAAGGCCGUAAAAAGGGCAACCGUGUGCCGUACAUGAACGAACGACUGCUGUACCUGUAUCGGUUACGGUACGGUGGCAUAUGGAUUAUACUAUUAGUUUAUUUCAAUUAUGGCUGGUUUUUAUUGUUUUAUUUAAGUUUCAUACAAAGAUUUCGUUGUGUGUUGUUUUUUUUGCACAACUUUGGAUAGCCAGAGGGAAUAUACGAAGAAUAGAAUGCUUCUAGCAAGAUUUAGUAAAGCUUAUGUGUGAUUAUCUGCUACCUGCUACCGUUCAGCCGUUAUGCUAUUACAUGCUCAAUGAUCUUAAACGUUUGUUCCAAAUGAAAAGUAUUUAAUUGAACGAAACAUUGAUGUCCACUUAACAAAUGAAGAUUAAGUUUACACUAAAGCGCUUAACGGAUUGCACUCCUUUAGUAAAGGCAUUUAAUUGCAUCUAUUUCACAAACGUUCGUAGGUUAUAAAAUAAACCAUCCUAAAUAUCUGUAUGGUGUGUAACAGAGUAAAGUCUUCCGGAAGAAACGUCAUUCUUCGUAUACAAUUAAAUAGAAUUGUGUUUUAGAAGCUCGCGAGAUAAUAGAUUAAAGCAAAACAAAA